UGAAUAACGAGAGGAGAGCUCCGCUCGCUGAUAAGAGGUUAUCUCCUUAUCCAAUCCUGAUUUCAUCAGUAUCCGCGGUUCAUGCACGUGUAACUUCGAUCGACGUACUCGGAGAGAUGAGAGAAUAUGGCCUGCCUAACAGCGUUACGUCAUCUCAGAAUCGCACUAUCAGGUCUCUAUCAGCUGGUUGUUCUUGUGAAUAGCCAUGGCCUUCUUCAGUCAAGGAGGCCAAAUGCAUUAGCCGGGAAGCCGAAUCGGUGGAUGAGUGAGGUUCUGUUAAUGCAUCCGAACAGCGCGAAAGAUCAAUUGCUAGCGGGAUCGCGGAGUUUUCAGGCAGAAGAUCGACAGGUGGCUUACCCUUCAGCAACAACACGAUCGGCUUCAUCUUCAAGGACAAUCUCGUCUUGGCGAGCUUGUCAGUCGGCAAGCGAAUCGAAUGGAAAAUGUCAUCCGAGAUUCUUAGAAAAAAGGGUCUUUAUUUGUACUAAUUCAUAGGUUAAGUAGAUUCGUGGUCCAGAUGCCGGAGCCCAAGGCUCGGUUUGACCAUCUAAGCGUUCUUUCAUUGCACCAAGCUAUCACAUUAUGACUUUGACGAGCUUCGAGAACAGCGCUAAAGAAAUCCAAGCUCAAAUCGACUGCCAGAAAGUAAACCCG